AAAGGUUAUAAAAAGUUAAAAAACCGGUUAAUUUUACUAUUUUAUACAAUUUAAAACGUUAUUUUAAUAUUAGUAUAUUUAUAAUUUUAUAAUAAUUUAUUAAAUUGUGUUACCUGAAUUAAAAAUUCCGGAAAAAUACCGGUUAUUGUAUACUGUCAGUAAAUAUGAUUUCUAGUAAAUUUAUUCGAUAUAUUCAUACAAACAAUUUUCUAUGGCAAGCUUCAGAUAAAUCACUUCUUGCUAAACUUCGUAAGAAAACAGGAUAUACGUUUUCUAAUUGUAAGAAGGCUUUGGAGUUGCAUCAAAAUGAUUUAGAUAAGGCUGAAGUAUGGUUAAAAGAACAAGCCCAAAGUCUCGGUUGGGCUAAAGCGGACAAACUUCAGGGAAGAAGUACAACACAAGGACUUAUUGCAGUGAUUGUUGACAAAUGUAAUGGAGCACUUAUUGAAUUAAAUUGUGAGACUGAUUUUGUUGCACGAAAUAAACAAUUUCAUGGACUUGCUGAUACAAUAGCAACAGCUGUUUUAAAUCAUUCUUUAACGCUACCACAUGACGGUGAUGUCUCAAAAAUUUUAUUAGAUAGCGAAAUAUUAAAACAAAUACCAACAUACGAUGGGAAAACAAUUGCUGAUCAUUCGGCAUUGACAAUUGGCACUGUUGGCGAGAAUAUUGCCAUUAAACGUGCCCUGUGCAUGAGUGUUAGUUCCGAUGUUAAAUUAAUUGGAUGCACUCAUCCAACUCCUAUUAAUCCAUUACCGGUUUCUUUUGGAAAAUAUGGUUCUUUAGUGGCAUACAAAUCAGCAGAGCCUAAUGAACAACUGGGAAUUCAAUUCUGUCAACAUAUUAUCGGUAUGAAUCCAACAAAAAUUGGUGAUCCAAAUGCGGACAAUCCAAAUACUAAUGCAGAAGAUGAAAAUGUAAUGAUUUAUCAAAAUUUUUUAUUUGAGCCCAAAUUGACUAUUCGAGAAUUGUUGAUUGAUUCUCAAGCGGAGAUUUUAGAUUUCGCACGAUUUGAAAUGGGUGAAGUCACUGAAGUUAAAGAAGAUUUAAAAGAAGCCCAAACUUGUGGAUAAAAGACUAUAUUUCAAAAAUGAAAAGUUGGUAAAUUAUUUAUUCUCUUUUUUUGAGACAAACUCAAAAAAAAAAAAAAAAAAAAAAUCGAGUUUGAGUCAAUUGUCAUGUAAAGCUAUCAUCAAAUUAAUUUCUGAGAUAAUUAAAACAAAAAGGAGAAUAAAUUUUCCAUUUUCAAUUAAAAAAAUAAUUUACUAAAUCAUUUUUACACAGAAUUUGCAUUUGACAGUAAUUAAAAAUUGUUUUUUAAUUUGAAAUCUAUUUUUAAAUUUUACACGAGAUUAAUUGUUUACUUAUUAUUACAUUUUUGAGUAAAACAUAUUGAUUUUAAAAACUCAUAAAGUUUUCUUUUUUAGAGUAUAAAUAUUAAGAUAGAAUUAUUAUACGUUCCAAAGUUACAGAAUAAAAAAAAAUCUGUUAGAAAAAUCGUUUUUUAUUUUUAAUUUACUAAUGAAAAAAAAAUUUAUAAAUUAUUACAUAAAGAAAAUUAUUUGAUAUAAAAAAAAUUUGAAUUAAAAAACUGAAAAUUUUCUCUAUACUUCUAAUAAUAAUAAAAUUACUUAAAAUUUUUUAAUAAAAUGGUAUAUAUCGCGAAAAUAAAUUUUAAAAAAAGUGUAAAUAGAUAAAAUUUCAUUUUUGCCAAAUUUUGCAGUAAAAUGUAGUUAUUUGAAAUAGAUCAAUGAAUAUUUUGGAGAAGA